UGUCCGCGCUCGCGGUGCUGAAAAGGGGGCGCCGAGAACUGCGGAGCCGACGCCGCGGCCGGGGGCGCGCUGUGUGGGAACGGGGCGUCUUCCCAGCCCUGGCGUGCCGCCUCUUACGCACCUCACAGAUGUGGAGGCUCGCCAUUCUCCUGGCCAGAGGGAGCCCGUUCCGCUCUUAAGCGUCUACAAAAGGCAAAGUCUCUCGGGGAUCCGGCCUUGGACUGAGGGUGCACUGGGGACCGAGCGGCGCAACCCCUAGGGAGACCAGAGUCGGAUCCGGACGUGCGGGAAUGCUAACGACGGCGGGGACCUCCCCAGGGGCCGGAGGGAGGAGGGCGGCUACAGCUCUCCCUCUGUCCUCCAUCUGCACUUCCUCCCCCGCCCUCCUCCGCAAAUAAACCCCAGCCCCUCCCUCCGCCCGGGCCCAGGAUCUGACGUGGGCUCGACACCUUUUUCAGCUUCUCCCUCCCGCAGUUCUAGUGCCCGAGCUUGGGCUCUUCGGGCUCUGCAACCCUUUCCCUCCCCGACAAUCCCCGCUAGAGCCAGUAGGUGCCCUCCCAGUCCUCACCCCACCCUGGCCCCCGGAAGCUGCCUUCCUGUUCCCCGCUCCCCUGGCUUGGGAUUCGGCGAGCCUGGUGGACCGGGCGCCCGAACAGAGGGUAACCUUCGGCCCUCUGGGCCCCACCCCCUGCAGCUAGGACCGCGCCCCCUACCACGGACCCCAGAACGAGGACGGGCACUGAGCCAGGGCUGGACUCCAGGCAAUCCUGCCGCCAUCCCAAGGGGCAGAGAAAUUGUCUUUUACGGACCCCCAGCGGGGAAGCAAAAUCAAAGGGAAAAAUAAAAGGACAAGGAGGAAAAGUGGCAACUAGAUUAGGAGAGGCACAGAGGACAGAGAUUGGGGCGAGUCGCCAUGGGGACUCCCAAGGCCCAGCGCCCGCCGCCUCCCCAGCUGCUGUUCCUAAUUCUGCUGAGCUGUCCCUGGAUUCAGGGGCUGCCCCUGAAGGAGGAGGAGGUGCUGCCGGAGCCUGGGAGUGAGAGCCCCACGGGGGCCUCUGACGCCCUGGCCGAGUUGCUCCAUGGGGCCCUGCUGAAGAAGGGCCCCGAGAUGGGCUACCUGCCGGGAGCUGAGCCAGACCCCACACUAGCCACCCCUCCAGCCGGCCAGACUCUCACAGCACCCUCCCUGCCGCGAGCCACUGAGCCAGGAACAGGGCCUCUGACCACAGCUGUAACCCCUCAAGGGGUUAGGGGGACAGGGCCCACGGCACCGCCCCUCGGGCCCGAGGGAGUAGAGGAGGAGACUACGACCACCAUCAUCACCACGACCACGGUCACCACCACAGUGACCAGCCCCGUUCUGUGUAACAACAACAUCUCUGAGGGCGAGGGCUUCGUGGAGUCUCCGGAUUUGCUCAGCCCCACCGGCCGCACUUCGGGGCUCCUGGACUGCACCUACAGCAUCCACGUCUACCCGGGCUACGGCAUUGAGAUCCAGGUACAGACACUGAACCUGUCUCAGGAGGAAGAGCUCCUUGUGCUGGCUGGUGGGGGAUCCCCAGGCCUGGCCCCCCGGCUGCUCGCCAACUCCUCCAUGCUGGGAGAAGGACAGGUCCUUCGGAGCCCAACCAACCGGCUGCUCCUGCACUUCCAGAGCCCCCGGGCCCCGAGGGGAGGUGGCUUCAGGAUCCACUACCAGGCCUACCUGCUGAGCUGUGGCUUCCCACCCCGGCCGGCCCACGGGGAUGUGCGUGUGACAGACCUGCACCCUGGGGGCACCGCCACCUUCCACUGUGACUCGGGGUACCAGCUGCAGGGUGAGGAGACACUCACCUGCCUCAAUGGCACCCGGCCAGCCUGGAGCGGGGAACCCCCGAGCUGUGUGGCAUCCUGUGGUGGCACCAUCCACAACGCUACACUAGGCCGCAUCGUGUCCCCUGAGCCCGGGGGAGCGGCAGGACCCAAUCUCACCUGCCGUUGGGUCAUUGAAGCCUCUGAGGGACGCCGGCUACACCUGCACUUUGAGAGGGUCUCGCUGGACGAGGACAAUGACCGGCUGAUGGUUCGCUCAGGGGGCAGCCCCCUGUCCCCCGUGAUCUAUGACUCCGACAUGGAUGAUGUCCCAGAGCGCGGCCUCCUCAGUGAUGCCCAGUCCCUCUAUGUGGAGCUGCUCUCAGAGACACCUGCCAACCCCCUGCUGCUCAGCCUCCGAUUUGAAGCCUUUGAGGAGGAUCGCUGCUUUGCUCCUUUCCUGGCACAUGGCAAUGUCACGACCACAGACCCCGAGUACCGCCCAGGGGCCCUGGCCACCUUCUCAUGCCUCCCAGGAUAUGCUUUGGAGCCCCCAGGACCCCCCAACGCCAUCGAAUGUGUGGACCCAACAGAACCCCACUGGAACGACACAGAGCCAGCCUGCAAGGCCAUGUGUGGCGGGGAGCUAUCUGAGCCUGCUGGUGUGGUCCUCUCUCCCGACUGGCCCCAGAGCUACAGCCCCGGCCAGGACUGCGUGUGGGGCCUGCACGUCCAGGAAGAGAAACGCAUCUUGCUGCAGGUUGAGAUGUACGUCUGGGUCCCUUUGUGGUGCGAGCCGGGUUACGAGCUACUGGGUUCCGACAUCCUCACCUGCCAGUGGGACCUGUCCUGGAGCGCCGCGCCGCCCGCCUGCCAGAAGAUCAUGACCUGUGCCGACCCCGGGGAGAUCACCAAUGGGCACCGCACCACCUCGGACGCUGGCUUUCCCGUGGGCUCCCAUGUGCAGUACCGCUGCCUGCCUGGGUACAGCCUGGAGGGGGCGGCUGUGCUCACCUGCUACAGCCGAGACACGGGCACACCCAAGUGGAGCGACCGGGUCCCCAAGUGUGCCUUGAAGUAUGAGCCGUGCCUGAACCCUGGGGUCCCCGAGAACGGCUACCAGACGCUAUACAAGCAUCACUACCAGGCUGGGGAGUCUUUGCGCUUCUUCUGCUACGAGGGCUUUGAGCUUAUCGGCGAGGUCACCAUCACCUGCGUGCCUGGCCACCCCUCACAGUGGACUAGCCAGCCCCCACUCUGCAAAGUGGCCUAUGAGGAGCUCCUGGACAACCGAAAACUGGAAGUGACACAGACGACAGACCCGUCACGGCAGCUGGAGGGAGGGAACCUUGCCUUGGCCAUCCUGCUGCCCCUCGGCUUGGUCAUCGUGCUCGGCAGUGGCGUUUACAUAUACUACACCAAGCUGCAGGGAAAAUCCCUUUUUGGCUUCUCGGGCUCUCACUCUUACAGCCCCAUCACCGUGGAGUCAGACUUCAGCAACCCUCUGUACGAAGCUGGGGACACACGGGAGUAUGAAGUUUCCAUCUGAGCGAGAGACCAUGUCUGCAGGACCCAGGACUCCCCUUCCCUCCUCAUUCAGGGCAGUGGGGAGCACAGGGCCUUGUCUCUGGCUCCUGGCUUCCUUUUUCCCUGCUGUGUAAAUAGUUACCCCAUCCCACGAGGGGGCUGUGAUGCCCUGGAGACCCUACAGUAAAUAAACCAGCAUCCUGCCGCCCAAAGCCUUCUCUCCUCAGUUGCCAGACAAGGGGCCUGCCCCACCCUCCUGGGUUUUGGACCCUGGGAGGGGAACUCGGCUCCCUCGCAUCUCUUGGCCCCUGGCCUAGGGCUCCCUCCCUCAAGGCUGCCCUGACAGCUCCACUGCCCCUUGGCUGUGAAGGCCCCUCCCGUGUCCAUCCCUCCAUCCCUGUUGCCUAAGUCCUGGCCUUCUCCGAUGGGGAAAAAGCAGCGGGGAAAGGGGAGAGCUGGGCCAAGGUCCUGCCCCUUCCUGCUGUCUCCCCAGCCCACAGCCUCUCCACCUUUGCUUCUGGAGUUUUUUGUUUUUGAGCAAUAAAUGGAAAAUCGCCACUUGUAACCAGGCUGGUGGGGUGUGGGGAAGACGGGUCCAGAGUGUUGGAGACAGUGAUGGGCGUCUCUUCUGGAGAGAAGGCUCCGGAGGGGAACUGGUGGGGAAGGUGGGAAUCCAUAACCAGCCAGGCACGGGCCGUGUCACAAGCCCUGGCUCAUGGCGCGGGCUCUGGGGGACUGGCUGGGACAACUCUUCACCAGGUCUCGGGACUGCCAGGCGCCUGCAGCUGGAACAGCUGACAGUGGCUUCCUCCCUGUCACUGUUUGGCAGCAGGCUGCCAGCUUUGAAUUUAUUUCAUGGGCAAUUCCAUGAAAGCCUUCCUCCUUUUGAGAAUUUUGUUUUCACUCAGAUGUACCAUUCUAAUUUUUUUUUUUUUUUGUACCGGCGAUCAAACUCGGGACCUUGUGCUUGCGAAGCAGGUGGUGGAACCACUGAGCUACACCCCCGCACCCCCAUCUAACUUUUUGGCAUCUGAUUUACGCAUCUACCAAGUAUGGGCCAAGAUGUCCUUUCCGUCU